AGCGCGCGCUCCAAGAUGGCGGCGGCGGGGCCCGAGUCCGGCGGCAGCAGCGGCAGCAGCGGCGGCCUCGGCGGAUCCAACACCUUCAAGAAGUCCCUGACUCCUGAGAUGCCGGGAGGAUCCCAAACCAUCCGGAAGGGCCACAGAGGAGUGGAUUCCACGGGGGAAACCACCUACAAAAAGACCACGUCGUCGGCGCUGAAGGGCGCCAUCCAGCUGGGCAUCACGCACACCGUGGGCAGCCUGAGCACCAAGCCCGAGCGCGACGUGCUCAUGCAGGACUUCUACGUGGUGGAGAGCAUCUUCUUCCCCAGCGAGGGCAGCAACCUGACCCCCGCCCACCACUACAACGAUUUCCGCUUCAAGACCUACGCGCCCGUGGCCUUCCGCUACUUCCGGGAGCUCUUCGGCAUCCGCCCCGACGACUACCUGUACUCGCUGUGCAGCGAGCCCCUGAUCGAGCUCUCCAACUCGGGCGCCAGCGGCUCGCUCUUCUACGUCUCCAGCGACGACGAGUUCAUCAUCAAGACCGUGCAGCACAAGGAGGCCGAGUUCCUGCAGAAGCUCCUGCCCGGCUACUACAUGAACCUGAACCAGAACCCGCGCACGCUGCUGCCCAAGUUCUACGGGCUGUACUGCGUGCAGGCGGGCGGCAAGAACAUCCGCAUCGUGGUGAUGAACAACCUGCUGCCGCGCUCCGUGCGCAUGCACCUCAAGUACGACCUCAAGGGCUCCACCUACAAGCGCCGCGCCUCGGCCAAGGAGCGCGACAAGGCCUUCCCCACCUUCAAGGACCUGGACUUCAUGCAGGACCUGCCCGACGGGCUCUUCCUGGACGCCGACAUGUACAACGCGCUCUGCAAGACGCUGCAGAGGGACUGCCUGGUGCUGCAGAGCUUCAAGAUCAUGGACUACAGCCUGCUGGUGGCCAUCCACAGCCUGGACCAGGCGCAGCGCGAGCGCGCGGCCGCCGGCGCCCACCGGGACCGGGACGGGGAGCGGGACCCGCGGGGACGGCCCGCGGCCCAGCGCGCGCUCUACUCCACCGCCAUGGAGUCCAUCCAGGGGGAGGCUCGCAGGGGCGGCACCAUCGAGACUGACGACCAGAUGGGCGGAAUUCCCGCCAGGAAUGCCCGGGGGGAGCGGCUGCUGCUCUACAUCGGCAUCAUCGACGUCCUGCAGUCCUACAGGUUCGUGAAGAAGCUCGAGCACUCCUGGAAGGCCCUGGUGCACGAUGGGGACACGGUGUCCGUGCACCGGCCCAGCUUCUACGCCGAGCGCUUCCAACGCUUCAUGUGCCACACGGUGUUCCGCAGGAUCCCGCUGAAGCCCUCCCCGUCCAAGAAGAGCCGGGCCGGCGCCGCCGUUCCCAGGAGGAGCUGCCCCGGGGGGGUCCCGGCCCCGAGCCAGCUCCCGGCCGGGGGGGACGCCCGGGCCCCGCCGGGCACCGAGCCGGACCUGGAGCAAGGCUCCCGGCCGGAUCUGCUCCCGCGCUCGGUGCCGGAGGUGGGCGGGGCCUCGGUGCCGUCGCUGUCGCUGUCGCUGUCGCCGUCCCUGUCCAGCCCCUCCCUGGGCAGCGCCGGCGCCGCCUCCCCCCCCAGCAGGUCCGUGGGGGUGGAGGUGCACCCGGGGCCCGGAGCCGCCCUGCCCAGCGGGUCCCCCGGCCCCUCCCUGCCCCUGGAGCUGGAGGAGCUGCAGGAGACCGAGAUCAGCUUUUUGGCCGCGGGGUCUGGACCAAUCAGCGGGCGCGUUGUUGGGCGUUGUGGGGAGCGGGCCGGCGCUGAGGGGAAAGAAGGAGCCAAGAUGGUUCUGGAGAGCACCAUGGUGUGCGUGGACAACAGCGAGUACAUGCGGAACGGGGACUUCCUGCCCACGCGGCUGCAGGCGCAGCAGGACGCGGUGAACAUCGUGUGCCACUCCAAGACCCGCAGCAACCCCGAGAACAACGUGGGGCUCAUCACCCUGGCCAACAACUGCGAGGUGCUGACCACGCUGACCCCGGACACCGGGCGCAUCCUGUCCAAGCUGCACACGGUGCAGCCCAAGGGCAAGAUCACCUUCGGCACCGGCAUCCGCGUGGCCCACCUGGCGCUGAAGCACCGGCAGGGCAAGAACCACAAGAUGAGAAUCAUCGCCUUCGUGGGCAGCCCCGUGCACGACAGCGACAAGGACCUGGUGAAGUUGGCCAAGCGCCUGAAGAAGGAGAAGGUCAACGUGGACAUCAUCAACUUUGGGGAGGAGGAGGCCAACACGGAGAAGCUGACGGCGUUCAUCACGGCGCUCAACGGCAAGGACGGCAGCGGCUCGCACCUGGUGACGGUGCCGCCGGGGCCCAGCCUGGCCGACGCCCUCAUCAGCUCCCCCAUCCUGGCGGGCGAGGGCGGCGCCAUGCUGGGCCUGGGCGCCUCCGACUUCGAGUUCGGGGUGGAUCCCAGCGCCGACCCCGAGCUGGCUCUGGCUCUGCGGGUGUCCAUGGAGGAGCAGCGGCAGCGGCAGGAGGAGGAGGCGCGCCGGGCGGCCGCGGCGUCGGCGGCAGAGGCCGGGAUCGGCGCGGCCGGGGGCGACGAGUCGGACGAGGCCCUGCUCAAGAUGACCAUCGGGCAGCCGGACUUCGGCCGCGCGGGGCUGCCGGACCUGAGCUCCAUGAGCGAGGAGGAGCAGAUCGCCUACGCCAUGCAGAUGUCCCUGCAGGGCGCCGAGUUUGCCCAGGCCGAGGCAGCUGAGGUGGACAGCGGGGCAGCCAUGGACACGUCCGAGCCUGCCAAGGAGGAGGACGACUACGACGUGAUGCAGGACCCCGAGUUCCUGCAGAGCGUCCUGGAGAACCUGCCCGGCGUGGAUCCCAACAACGAGGCCAUCCGCAACGCCAUGGGCUCCCUGGCCUCCCAGGCGGCCCGCGAGCACCGGGAGCAGCACCGGGAGCGGAAGGACGAGGAGAAGAAAUGAGCCCGGCCGGGGCCGGGGCACGGCGGGGGCACGGCUGAAAUAAACGGAGCCAGAGGCAGCUCUGGGCAUGGCUGGGAGCGCUGUGGGGAUGGUGGAAGGGAUUUCUGGGAAUGCAAAUCGGGUAUUGGGGAUUGCGGGAAUAACUAAAGGAAUUUAUUGGGAAUGGCGGGGAUAAUUAAAGGAGUUUCGUGGGAA